CUCUAUCUCAACUAGAAAAAGAAUAUUCGAAGGUUAAAGACAAGCCUGAAGAAGGUUUACAAGGAAAACAAGUUAUGUUGCCACUACACAUGCUUGUGAAUAUUGCUAUAAGAAGAGAUCAAAGUUGA